UUUUCGUUUGAGCUGUCGCGAGAGUUGGCCGUCCGGGUUGCCGGAAGCCGCUCUUGACUCCGGCCGCGGGGCGGGCUCGCCGCAGUCGGCUUCUCCUCCGUUCUCCGCUAGCUGCGCGCCGCAAGAUGGCCGAUCUCUCGCUGGACGAGCUCAUCCGGAAGCGCGGGACGGCGGCCAAGGGACGGCUCAGUGUCAGGCCAGGAAUUGGAGGUGUCCGGUCUCGAGUUGGAAUCCAGCAUAGUCUUGUUAACCAGCCAGCUCGCACAGCCACCUUCCAGCAGAGAUUUGACGCCCGACAGAAGAUUGGGCUCUCAGAUGCUCGGCUCAAGCUGGGUGUCAAAGAUGCCCGGGAAAAGCUUUUGCAGAAAGACGCCCGGUUUCGGAUCAAAGGGAAAGUACAGGAUGCCAGGGAGAUGCUGAACUCACGAAAGCAGCAGGGCACUGUGCCCCAGAAGCCCCGCCAGGUGGCUGAUGCCCGGGAGAAGAUCAGCUUGAAGAGGAGAUCCCCUGCUGCGUUCACAAGCCCGCCCAUUGGGACUGUAACCCCAGCUCUGAAGCUCACCAAAACUAUCCAGGUUCCACAGCAAAAGGCCAUGGUGCCACUUCAUGCCCAUCCUGCUGGAAUGAGGAUCAAUGUUGUCAAUAACCACCAGGCUAAACAGAACUUGUAUGACCUGGAUGAAGAUGAUGACAUUGUGGUGCCUGUCCCUCCCAAGCAGAUGAAGUUUGCAGCCACGGGCAGCCUUGUUCACCACAUGACUGGACUGAGCAGUUCCAAGCUGUCCAUGUCCAAGGCCCUCCCUCUCACAAAAGUGGUCCAGAAUGAUGCCUACACCGCUCCUGUUCUCCCCUCCUCUGUUCGAACCAAAGCCUUGACCAGCAUGUCCCGGACGCUGGUGAACAAGGAGGAGCCUCCCAAAGAGCUGCCGCCUGCUGAGCCUGUGCUUAGCCCCUUGGAAGGCACCAAGAUGACCGUGAAUAAUCUGCACCCCCGAGUCACAGAGGAGGACAUAGUUGAGCUUUUCUGUGUGUGUGGCGCUCUCAAGCGGGCUCGACUGGUCCAUCCUGGGGUAGCAGAAGUUGUCUUCGUGAAGAAGGAUGACGCCAUCACUGCUUAUAAGAAGUACAAUAACCGAUGUCUGGAUGGGCAACCUAUGAAGUGCAACCUUCACAUGAAUGGAAAUGUCAUCACCUCAGACCAACCCAUCCUGCUGCGGUUGAGUGACAGCCCCUCAGUGAAAAAGGAAAGCGAGCUGCCACGGAGGGGCAACCCUGCCUCUUCCAACCCUCCUGCCGAAGUGGACCCUGACACCGUUCUCAGAGCGCUCUUCAAGUCCUCGGGGGCCUCUGUGACCACACAACCCACAGAAUUCAAAAUCAAACUUUGAGGAGGGGAGCGAGGCAGCCAGAAACAGGGCAGAGGAGGGUGGCUCUGUUUCCCAAGGCAAAGUUGAGACCAAUGGGCUGUCGGACUGAAGCCCCCUGAACAAGGGAUGAGGUACCAGGGAGAGCUUCCUCGCUGGACGGGACCCACCUUUCUGUGUUGUUUACACCUUGCCCUUCUGUGCGUUCCAUUUCUGUAGUAUGUUUCCUCUUUCCUCCAUUCAUCAUCAAGGUAGGCUGUGUUUGUCGGUGUGCCUCCCCUGCCCUCGGCCCCUAGCUGAUUUCUCCCCUAGAUAUGGUGCACUGUUUCCCUGGGUGGCCUUCUUGUGGCCCCAUGGGCCACAGGGUGCAGGAACGUAUUGGAAAGACUGCUUUUUUUUUUUUUUUAAUUUUUUUAAAAUUUUUUUUAUGUUUUGUUUUCAAGAGUUUUCUUGUUCUGUUGAAGUUUUCACACAAAACGGAAUGAAUGGGACCUCCUGCCAUUCAGUGAGCACUAGGACAGCUGGGACCUCCUGCCAUUCAGUGAGCACUAGGACAGCUGGGACCUCCUGCCAUUCAGUGAGCACUAGGACAGCUGGGACCUCCUGCCAUUCAGUGAGCACUAGGACAGCUGGGGGCUGCGUCAGGCUACUGGCUUCCUGUGUUCUCACCACUGUCCCUCUAGCCCUGACUGCAAGUAUGCAGUGCUGGAUGACGGGCAGUGUGCAAGGCAUCCCAGCAUUCAUGGUCCCUUGUUAGUGUUGUGCCAAAGGCCUUGGGUCAGUUCUCUCAGCUUCCAUAUGGAAGUGAGGAAGGGACCUGUGCCUAUUAGCCCUCUUGAUUCUCACCUGAUAGGGCAACAUCAAAGCUUGGUGUGGGUGUGGGUGCCAGCUCCAAGUUGGCUGAGCCUUUUUCCAGGUUCUACCCGGGCGCCUCUGUGUGUUCUACAGCACAGAGGACUUCGGGGAGAUUGAUUGGAUCAGAGCCAUUGGCUGGCUCUGGCUCUGCUUUUCUGCCUUCAGUUAUCUACAGAACAGCAGGUUUGCCUGAAGUGCAGCCUUCACCAGGGCAUUGUCUCUGCUGGUGUCAGUGACCCACAUUGAUGAGUGGUCUGAGCAGCUGGUGGGUUACUUUACCCAGUGUGUUCCUGCAUUGUUUAGUGUGGAACUGUGGGCAGGUGCCGAGUGUCAGAUAGCAUCGGUCCAGAGCUCGUCAGAGGCCCCUGACAGUGGAAACAGAAGAUGCUAAGCUGUCAUAGGUGGAGCAGGAUCCUAAGGACGCACAAUAUCAGUUGUGCGUGCUGUAAAGGGACAAACCGAGGAAGUAGAGGAAGCUGCGGCACUGUGACCCAUUCAAGGCUAGCACAGUUAAGAGAACUUCAGCUAAUUCUUAUUUUCCUGAGUUAGAUCCCAGCCCAUGCCCAGCUGGAAGGGUCUCUUUUGGGUCAAAAUCAGUCCUUCAGCUCUAAGGUUGCCCAGCAAAGGAAUCUAGGAAUGACAACUGCAGUGUCCACUCCUAAACACCUCCUUCUCUUACACCCUUCGAAAUGGGUACAAACUUAAUUCUUCUCAGAAACUGGAAGACAUUCCUCUGUGUUUGCCCCUUCCUGACCCAAGAGACACCCUAUACAUGAGGGCCCAGCUCUUUACCUCUGGGGACAGCUGGCAUGCCUUUGGCUUUGUGUAGAGUAGGGUGGUGAGACCCUUCCUGGCUCCCCUGCUUUGUGAGUUAGGCGUGCUGGGGCACCCUCCUGGCCAGGUGGUACUUUGGGGACUUGGGUGUUUGCAUCAUAAUGUCAUCUUGGGAAACAGAAAAGAAGGUGGGCCAACCCUCAUGUCCCCCACUCCCUUGCAUUAUUUCUUUGUGUCUUGUUCAGGAGAAAAGAGGGCCUUGUUACUUUCCACUUCUCAAUAAAUGUUUGUUAUUCCUAACUUUGAGC